AUGGCCCUGAGUGAUGUCGAUGUGCAGAAACAGAUUAAGCACAUGAUGGCUUUCAUUGAGCAGGAAGCCAAUGAGAAGGCAGAAGAAAUAGAUGCCAAGGCAGAGGAAGAGUUCAACAUUGAGAAAGGACGCCUCGUGCAAACCCAACGACUGAAGAUUAUGGAGUAUUAUGAGAAGAAGGAGAAGCAGAUAGAGCAGCAGAAGAAAAUCCAGAUGUCUACCAUAAAGAAUCAGGCAAGGCUGAAAGUCCUGAGGGCUCGAGAUGACCUCAUCUCAGAGUUGCUGAAUGAGGCGAAGCUGAGACUCAGCAGGGUUGUAGCAGACCCAGAAAUCUAUCAGGGGCUGCUCGAUCAACUAGUGCUCCAGGGACUGCUCCGGCUGCUGGAGCCCGUGGUGAUUGUACGCUGCAGGCCACAGGACCUCCUCCUGGUGGAGGCUGCGGUGCAAAAAGCCAUCCCUGAUUACAUAUCAGUCUCCCAAAAACGUGUGGAAGUCCGAGUUGAUCAAGAGGUGCACCUGGCCAUGAUGGCAGCUGGAGGUGUGGAGGUCUACAGUGGCAAUCAGAGAAUAAAGGUUUCCAAUACCCUGGAAAGUCGGCUGGACCUCUUAGCCCAGCAAAAGAUGCCGGAAAUACGAAAGGCCUUGUUUGGAGCCAACGCCAACAGGAAGUUUUUUAUCUAA